AUAAGCUUGUAAGAUAAGAAGAAAGGAGUUAGAUCAGUUAAUGGCAAACAUGACAAGAACAGCUGCAACUCCCAUCUACCCAUUUCUAAAAUCUAACCCAAAAAAUCAUCAGUAUAAUAACUGUGAUAACUACCUUUUAUUCAGAAAUUACGCGCCACUUCUGUCACCUCAUCAACUAAAACCCUUUUCUCUUUCCACAUCUUGGUUGUCAUCUAGACUCAAUUGCGGCGGCAGAGACGACGUCUGGGAUGAUGAUAAUGAUAAUGCUUCUCUCUCCACCGCGACUGCCGCCUACUCUGUCCUCGGCGUCGAAGCUCACUGCUCUACUGCCCAACUUAAGGCUGCUUUCAGAGCCAAAGUGAAGGAAUUUCAUCCUGAUGUGAAGAGCAAUCAACACAAUUCUGAUUUGAUGAUUCGCCGUGUGAUUCAAGCGUAUGAGAUGCUCUCAAAUAUUAGCAGGUCAGAGAUAAUUGAAAGCGAAUGUUUAGAUCCUUUUGACAAUCCAGAAUGUGAGGCAUUUGAUACUUUUGUCAAUGAAGUUUUAUGUGCUGGAAAAGGAUGCCCAUAUUCUUGUGUCAAACAGGCCUCUCAUGCUUUUACCUUUUCUUCUUUCGGAACUGCACGUGCAACUUAUCAAGGUGUAGGAAAAGCCGAAGACUACAGAAUACAACUAGCUGUGGGUCAGUGCCCCCGAAGUUGUAUUCACUAUGUCACGCCUUCUCAGAGAAUCAUACUAGAGGAGCUCCUUGAUUGCAUUCUGAAUGCUCCAUAUGAUACCUCAGCUGAAGCUGAUUUGCUUUAUUCUCUCAUUAUCAAAGCCAAGUUUGAGAACAACCGGUAUCAAAAACCAAAGAAGAAGCCUAAAUCAUCUACUGAACACAUAGACUGGUUCUGAACAGGCUUUCUUAAAUAAGGGCAAGGUUAAACAUGCUCUCAUAAAUAAGUUCAAGGUAGCACCAAAUAUACUUUGAUGGAUGAGGUUGUUUUCCUCCCUUAGUUUGACAUAUAUGCAUACGUAAUUGUUGUUCUGGUGUCGAAAUACGUUUCUGCGAUCGACAACAUUGAAGGUUCUCUGCCUACGAUCAGUGGCGGAUUCAGGAUUUUAUGGAUGGUGUGUCACCGCCGACCAUAGUCCAUAAACUCAUGUCAUUCAAUAACUAAUAGAAGUAUAUACGUAUAUAUAUUUCAUAAAAAAAUCAUCCCAUUUGUUAUAAAUAUUCAUAUUAUACGUGUUACAAUUUUUUUCA